AUGGCAUCAGGAUUACCAGGACCUGCUGAUGUAGUUCUUAUAUUUCUCCCAUGCUUUGCUGUUGUUGUAAUUGGUGCAUGGCUAGGGUUUCGCUACUAUGGCAAAAAGCAGAUCCAAAAGCGCACACCAAAUCAGGUUUAUCAGGUUGGACAUGAUGACCACUCUAUCCAAUCUCAAUCAUCGUUCCAAUCCCCGCAAGCUGUUGGUACAUUCAUGCCUAGGAGGUAUAUCUGGGGUGUUUCUUCUUUGCUCGAACUACGACUGCUAUGGACCCUGGAGUACCUGAAUCAGGUGGUGUUAAAGCAAAGGGAGACGGUUGAUUUGUCGCCGCAAACUGGGGGAGAGAGUCAUGCUUUGAAGGAAAUCCAUGUUUCUCGAUAA